AUGAGUAAUAUUAGUGACUUCUUAAAAAGACAAUUAGAAAUUUUAUCUAAUCACAAAAGUCUUCACCUGGAUCAAUAUAAAGUAAAUGUUGAAUUAAGUGUCAUUACUGAUAAAACGGCUAUUACAGGAAAGACUAGCGAAAAAUUUGCAAUAUCUUUGAAUAACGAUCAAGACAUUAGGGAUUCUGAAAAUCAAGAUUCUAGAACAGAAACACAGACUAUUGUUAAUAAUGAACAGGAAGAAAAUGAAGGUGAAUAUAUAGCUGCUGAUGAAAGUAUGACGAUAUGUGUCAAGGAUAUCCUUGAAGGUUCAAUUGAAGUUUCAUCUGUUAUAAAUGAAGUUACAAAAAUCUUUUUAAAUAAAUUCUCCAAAACGUUUAUAAUAGAUUUAUGA